GACUGCGUCACACGGCGGCUAACGUGCGCGUUUAUGAGGGAGAAUAAAAUCUCCCCGUCGCCUCGACACUAAUAAUAUUAUUUCACUAAAUAUGUGAGCAUCGUCUCUGCUUAACAGCGUGAACGCAGAUCUGAGAGUGCGCAGAGACGCAGCUUCGCAUUAUCCGCGGACACCAGACGCGCGCAUCACAGCCGACACAUUCUACAGGUAAAGCAAGAUGGACGCGAAGGACCAAGGCGCACAAAUGGAGCCUCUGCUGCCGACGGUGGUCACCCCUACUGGAGGACAAAGUGUGAGACAUGAAGAUGAGGCUGUUGUGGAUCGAGGAGGAAACUUGCUUAAAGCCCCCUUUGAGAAGGAGGAUCUAGAAGGUCACAGGACUCUGUAUAUCGGCGUUCAUGUCCCUCUAGGAAGGAAAACACACAGACGACAUCGUCACCAUGGACACAGACACAGGAAGAGAAGCAGAGAGAGAGAUUCAGGGGUCGAGGAUGGACGCGAAUCACCUUCAUACACUGGUUCUGUUCUGUGUUCUGGCACAGAUACUCCAUCACAGAGGGUUCAGUUUCUUCUGGGAACUGAAGAUGAUGACGAAGAACACAUGCCACACGACCUCUUCACUGAGCUGGAUGAAAUCUGUCUCCGUGAGGGAGAAGAUGCUGAGUGGAGAGAAACAGCCAGGUGGCUGAAGUUUGAAGAGGACGUGGAGGACGGGGGAGAGAGGUGGAGUAAACCCUACGUUGCCACUCUCUCUCUUCACAGUCUCUUUGAGCUCCGCAGCUGCAUUAUUAACGGAACCGUUAUGCUCGAUAUGAGAGCCAGUUCUCUAGAGGAGAUCGCCGACAUGGUGUUGGAUCAACAGGAGGUGGUUGGGCAUCUAGAAGAUGAUGUUCGGAAGAAGAUCAAAGACGCUCUUUUGAAGCAACAUCACCAUCAGAACCAGAAGAAACUAGCCAACCGCAUUCCUAUCGUCCGCUCGUUCGCUGACAUCGGCAAGAGGCAAUCUGAGACCAACUGCGUGGACAAAAACGGGCAGAUGAUUUCCCCCCAGUCUCAACCCAUCACCACAGAAGGCAAAAGUGACGUCAGCCGUGAGAACAGCGCAGUGGACUUCAGUAAGAUAGAUCUGCACUUCAUGAAGAAGAUUCCUCCGGGUGCAGAGGCUUCCAAUAUCUUGGUUGGAGAGCUGGAGUUUCUUGACAGGCCUGUGGUGGCGUUUGUCCGUCUCUCUCCCGCCGUACUUCUGAACGGCCUGGCGGAGGUUCCCAUCACUACCAGGUUUCUGUUCAUCUUGCUGGGGCCGCUUGGAAAAGGAGCACAAUAUCACGAAAUUGGCAGAUCAAUCGCGACGUUAAUGACAGAUGAGGUUUUCCAUGAUGUUGCCUAUAAAGCUAAAGACCGCAAUGAUCUGAUCGCUGGAAUCGAUGAAUUUCUUGACCAGGUCACAGUUUUGCCCCCGGGAGAAUGGGAUCCAUCUAUCAGGAUAGAGCCACCAAAAAACGUCCCGUCUCAGGAGAAAAGGAAGAUCCCUGGGGUGCCUAACGGAGAACUGGCAGCGACAGAAGAACAUGGUGGUCAUGGAGGCCCUGAGCUGCAGCGCACCGGGAGGGUGUUUGGUGGAUUGUUUCUGGAUGUGAAGAGAAAGUCUUCGCAUUUCUUAUCUGAUUUCACCGAUGCGUUCAGUCUUCAGUGUUUGGCCUCUUUUCUGUUUCUGUACUGCGCCUGUAUGUCCCCUGUUAUCACCUUCGGAGGACUGCUGGGAGAAGCCACGGAGGGACGCAUAAGUGCCAUCGAGUCUCUGUUUGGAGCCUCUAUGACUGGGAUUGCUUACUCGCUGUUUGCUGGCCAGCCUCUCACUAUACUGGGCAGCACUGGACCUGUCCUGGUGUUUGAGAAGAUACUCUUCAAAUUCUGCAAGGAAUAUGGGCUGUCGUACCUGUCCCUCAGGGCAUGUAUCGGGCUGUGGACGGCCUUCCUCUGUCUGCUGCUGGUGGCCACUGACGCCAGUUCCCUGGUGUGCUACAUAACCCGCUUUACAGAGGAGGCCUUCGCCUCGCUUAUCUGCAUCAUCUUCAUAUAUGAGGCCUUGGAGAAGCUCAUACAUCUCGGAGAGACAUACCCCAUCAACAUGAACAACAAUCUGGAGAAACUGACCUCAUACAGAUGUUCCUGUAUUGAGCCUGAAAGCCCCAGUAAUGCCACUCUCCAGUACUGGGAGAAAAAUAACAUUUCCGCUUCUGAGAUCUACUGGGAGGCUUUGGAGGUUCAGGACUGCAUUGAGAAGAAAGGAGAAUUUUUGGGGUCUGCUUGUGGUCCUCAUGGUCCGUACAUUCCCGAUGUUCUCUUCUGGUCUGUGGUUCUGUUCUUCUCCACUGUGGCCAUGUCAGCUUUCCUCAAAGAAUUCAAGACCAGCCGUUACUUUCCCACGAAGGUGAGAUCCCUCAUCAGUGAUUUUGCAGUCUUCAUCACUAUUGUUACAAUGGUUCUGAUGGACUACGCUAUAGGGGUGCCUUCACCCAAACUGCAGGUUCCCAAUGAGUUUAAGCCGACCCGUGAUGACCGCGGGUGGUUUGUUAACCCGUUGGGUCCGAACCCGUGGUGGACGUGUGUGAUCACGGUCAUUCCUGCUCUCCUCUGCACCAUCCUCAUCUUUAUGGACCAGCAGAUCACAGCUGUGAUCAUCAACAGAAAGGAACACAAGCUCAAGAAAGGCUGUGGGUAUCACCUGGAUCUGUUCAUGGUGGGCGUGAUGCUGGGCGUCUGCUCUCUGAUGGGACUGCCGUGGUUUGUGGCCGCGACCGUGCUGUCCAUCAGUCACGUGAACAGUCUGAAACUAGAGUCAGGGUGUUCGGCACCCGGGGAGCAGCCGAAGUUUCUCGGCAUUCGAGAGCAACGUGUGACGGGUCUCAUGAUCUUUCUCCUCAUGGGCUGCUCUGUCUUCAUGACCUCAGUGCUGAAGUUCAUUCCCAUGCCAGUUCUGUAUGGCGUUUUCCUCUACAUGGGAGCGUCUUCUCUGCGAGGAAUCCAGUUUUUCGAUCGUUUGCGGUUGUUCGGGAUGCCGGCCAAACACCAGCCGGACUUUAUUUACCUGAGACACGUUCCCUUGAGAAAGGUUCACCUGUUCACCAUCAUCCAGCUGAGCUGUCUGGUUCUCCUGUGGGUCAUCAAAACCUCCAGGGCUGCCAUCGUCUUUCCCAUGAUGGUUUUGGCUUUGGUCUUUAUUCGGAAGCUGCUGGAUUUCAUCUUCACAAAAAGAGAGCUCAGCUGGCUCGAUGACCUCAUGCCCGAAAGCAAGAAGAAGAAGCUGGAGGACGCUAAGCGAGAGGAGGAGCAAAGUAUUUUGGCAGAGGAAGAAGCAGUGGUACAAGUGCCACUGGAGGGACAUUACAAAGAUGAUCCCUCCACUGUCAACAUUACUGAUGAGAUGUCCAAAGGUUCCUUUGGAAAAACUUGGAACUCCAAAAACGAUCCAAGCUCCAAAAGCCUUCUUACCUAAAUUUUUAGACUCUGCGCUCCAGAGCGUGUUUAAUAAAAGAACGCACAACAAACAUCAAUGGGAAGAUGAAGAGAGCUGAAGACUUCACUCAUUCACUGUGGUCUCACAUGAUUGUUUACCCAAAGCUGUUCAAAUACCAUUGUUUUUAAAGGAAUAGUUCACCCAAAAUAUUAAUUGUUAAAUAAAUAUAACCACAGACUAACCCUAAGAGUUUCACAGUUGUAUGAUUACAAAACAAAUUUGCUAUACAGCAUAUACUGUGUGUAAAACGUUUUUUUUUUUUUUAAAGAUGCCCCCAAACACACCUUGAACUUGAACGUGUAUCACAAUGAUAAACUCUUGGGCUUAUAGAAAUAUAUCUUGUUUAUAUAGUAAUACCAGCAAAUAAAGAUGUUAAAUUGUCUUGUGUGAAAGAUGUGAGGCAGAAAGUGAUUUUUAAGAACUGUUCUGAACCUUUCUUUUAAGUUGUCAUAAAUCUUUUGUAUUUUAAAAAAUAGUAGGCCUACAUAAUUUAUGAAACAACUCGUCUCUAAAAGUUUCAAACAGAUGUUAAAUAUCUACAGCUAUCAGUUCAUAAAACUGUGUUUUAAAAAAAGCCACUUUACCAUAAAACAGCAUGCAUAAAUGUUUGUUUUGGGGUGAUGAACUGCCUGCUUGCAUAAAAUCAUAGGGCUGAGCAAAAUAUAAAAUAUGUAUUUUAAUAUUUUUCAAGCCGUUUAAGAUUUUAUAUCCUAUGUAUUUGCUUUUUUGUUUGAAGUUACACCACUGUAUCCUCUGGGUUGCUUGAAUUAGAAGCAUCUGAUAAAUGGUGUACCACCAUAAUAUACAAACCCGAUUCCAAAAAAGUUGGGACACUGUACAAAUUGUGAAUAAAAACAGAAUGCAAUGAUGUGGAAGUUUCAAAUUUCAAUAUUUUAUUCAGAAUACAACAUAGAUGACAUAUCAAAUGUUUAAACUGAGAGAAUGUAUCAUUUUAAGGGAAAAAUAAGUUGAUUUUAAAUUUCAUGGCAUCAACACAUCUCAAAAAAGUUGGGACAAGGCCAUGUUUACCACUGUGUGGCAUCCCCUCUUCUUUUUAUAACAGUCUGCAAACAUCUGGGGACUGAGGAGACAAGUUGCUCAAGUUUAGGAAUAGGAAUGUUGUCCCAUUCUUGUCUAAUACAGACUUCUAGUUGCUCGACUGUCUUAGGUCUUCUUUGUCGCAUCUUCCUCUUUAUGAUGCGCCAAAUGUUUUCUAUGGGUGAAAGAUCUGGACUGCAGGCUGGCCAUUUCAGUACCCGGAUCCUUCUUCUACGCAGCCAUGAUGUUGUAAUUGAUGCAGUAUGUGGUCUGGCAUUGUCAUGUUGGAAAAUGCAAGGUCUUCCCUGAAAGAGACGACGUCUGGAUGGGAGCAUAUUUUUUUCUAGAACUUGGAUAUACCUUUCAGCAUUGAUGGUGCCUUUCCAGAUGUGUAAGCUGCCCAUGCCACACGCACUCAUGCAACCCCAUACCAUCAGAGAUGCAGGCUUCUGAACUGAGCGCUGAUAACAACUUGGGUUGUCCUAGUCCUCUUUAGUCCGGAUGACAUGGCGUCCCAGUUUUCCAAAAAGAUCUUCAAAUUUUGAUUCGUCUGACCACAGAACAGUUUUCCACUUUGCCACAGUCCAUUUUAAAUGAGCCUUGGCCCAGAGAAAACGCCUGCGCUUCUGGAUCAUGUUUAGAUAUGGCUUCUUUUUUGACCUAUAGAGUUUUAGCCGGCAACGGCGAAUGGCACGGUAGAUUGUGUUCACCGACAAUGUUUUCUGGAAGUAUUCCUGAGCCCAUGUUGUGAUUUCCAUUACAGUAGCAUUCCUGUAUGUGAUGCAGUGCCGUCUAAGGGCCCGAAGAUCACGGGCAUCCAGUAUGGUUUUCCGGCCUUGACCCUUACGCACAGAGAUUGUUCCAGAUUCUCUGAAUCUUUGGAUGAUAUUAUGCACUGUAGAUGAUGAUAACUUCAAACCCUUUGCAAUUUUUCUCUGAGAAACUCCUUUCUGAUAUUGCUCCACUAUUUUUCGCCGCAGCAUUGGGGGAAUUGGUGAUCCUCUGCCCAUCUUGACUUCUGAGAGACACUGCCACUCUGAGAGGCUCUUUUUAUAACCAAUCAUGUUGCCAAUUGACCUAAUAAUUUGCAAAUUGGUCCUCCAGCUGUUCCUUAUAUGUACAUUUAACUUUUCCUGCCUCUUAUUGCUACCUGUCCCAACUUUUUUGGAAUGUGUAGCUCUCAUGAAAUCCAAAAUGAGCCAAUAUUUGGCAUGACAUUUCAAAAUGUCUCACUUUCAACAUUUGAUAUGUUAUCUAUAUUCUAUUGUGAAUAAAAUAUAAGUUUAUGAGAUUCGUAAAUUAUUGCAUUCCUUUUUUAUUCACAAUUUGUACAGUGUCCCAACUUUUUUGGAAUCGGGUUUGUACAUAAAAACUGCUGUACUGUAAAUCCUUGAAAUACAGUACCUAAGAAAGCUGCUGGUGUGAAAGUGUAAAUAUUUAAUCCGUCAAAUCUGAUAGGAAUUUAUAUCUCUGUUUUAAAGGUUGUGUUUUAUCUCUAUGUUGAUUUCAAGUGUAGGUGUGUUUUCAUGCUAAUAGUGAUGGACAAACAUGUACUGUAUGAAGUCAUAUCACCUGCACAUCAGGAAACUGUCUUCACAAAUUAUUUUUUUGCAUUAACUGCAUCGAUGUACGCCAGAUUACAAACUCUAGCUAAAGAACACAGCAAUAGAUUAUUUCUACUGUACAUGUUGAGAUGCUCAUGCAGUUAUUUUCAUAACGCCAUAUCUGUUGCUCGAGUAUUUAUAAUGAAACAGACAAGAAUUUAAAUGCGACAUAAAUGUUAAUACCAUAAAUACAUUCAAAUGUUUUGCUUUUGUUGUUGUGGAUUCACACCCAGUCUGAAUUUGAAGACAAAAGCAUCUGUUUUUCUGUUGUCUUUUUUUCAAUUCAUAUUUUAUUUGAUCAGUUUAUUCAAUAUUCUGACUUUAGCUGAAGUCCUACUGGAAAAUAUCCAUUUCUGUUGACUGUGUGUUGAUGUUUCUGUAAACUAACUUGGUGUGAAAAUUAAACUAAAGUAUC